CAGCCGUCGAAUAUAAUUUUUCAAGACUACCCACAAUUCCUGUAUGCAGAUUUAUAUAUCCGGUCUCUUUUUAAUGCCAGUCUACGGUACGUGCCAUUUGGAAGAUGGCGAAGAAAACUGACAAGAAGAAGGCUCGUUCUGCCUUGAAUGAGGUGGUGACAAGAGAGUACACUGUCCAUCUCCAUAAGCGCAUCCAUGGAGUGUCUUUCAAAAAACGUGCUCCCCGUGCCAUCAAAGAGAUCCGGAAGUUUGCCAUGAAAAUGAUGGGCACUGAAGAUGUACGUGUAGACACAAGACUCAACAAACACAUCUGGUCAAGAGGAGUCAGGAGUGUACCAUUCAGAGUGAGGGUACGUCUGGCUAGAAAGAGGAACGAAGAUGAAGAUUCCCCACACAAGCUGUACACACUAGUCACCCAUGUUGAAGUCCCCUCAUUCAAGGGUCUACAGACUGUCAAUGUUGAUAGUGAAGACUAACUGGUCAUGGACAAGGGUCUUCGGGGAUAAGGUCAAAGUUGAAGAGGUCAUCUGUGUCUUGGUUACCUCCACUGAUUGGCCCAUUCAUUGUGGAGAAAGCAUCUGCUCAUCAUUGCAUCUCGUGUUGCAUAUUUCUAAGGGAUUUACACACUCUGAUGCUGUAUCAUGUUGGAUUGGCUAUAAACAAUAAAUAACACCUGUGCAACAGAAUUAUUGUAAUAUCAA